GAUGAGAAGAACAAGAGACGUUAAAACAUCACAGUUGAGGGUCUCCGGGACUCAGAGCUGAGACGAAACGUUUGGCCUACUUCAGCAGCGCCGCCGUCUUAAAACGCUUUUAAGAUGUGAAUCAGGAAAUGACAACAAUUCCAAGAGUAAAGGACGUGUCUGUCUGACAUCUUGUGACUCAAGAAAAACUCAUUUUAGUGUCGAAGCAAAACAGCCGCAUCACACAAGCAGAGAGCAAACUUAUGGAGGUCAAACAACAUGCACAGGAAACACUGAGGCGUGGAGCUGCAUGUAUCCGAAAGACGAAGAGAAUGAUUGAUCUUGUCAGUGAUUUGACUCCACAGUUGUGACACCAAGGAAGUCGGGUCACUUGAAAGUGUUGUGGUUUUUCAUCUCGGCCGUAGUCUCUGGGGAAGCGGCUAAAACGGACAGAAGACGGUCCGUCGCUGCAGUUCUGCCCGUCUCACGCGGCCGGAGAGAAUGAGACCAGAGAAGACUAUUAUGAAUCGUGACCAUACUUCAUCAAGGUCUGUUGACAUCGCUCUUGUUUUCUCUGUUGGCAGCUUGCUGUCCAUUUAAGGCCUUUGAGGCGCCGUUAGCGUGAGCUAGCUUACGGUCAUCUUUCAGAGUGACCAGAGUAAUGAACCUUAGCGUUUGGAGGAGAAAAUCAUGAGUCGUGUGUGUAAAUCUGAGCUUAUGUUGCAUUUGUACUCGACAGCAUGCAUUAAAAUGUGUUGCUAAUGGAAUCAUAAUUGGGGGUUGGUCAUGAACAGGUAUUAGAUGUUACUGGUGAAUGUUUCACGGUGUUGGUGGAGCAGAGAGGCUCCAGUUCCACUCCAGUCCUGAUUUUUCUCCUCCAGUCCAGACCGCUUCCACAGCUUGUGUCCCGAGGUGGGUCGCUCCUACUCCGCGCUCCGCCCCGUGAUUCUCCCUCCCCGCGUCUUUGUCCCCGGAACUCGCCCUCUCUCCUGGCUCCCCAGACCUCCAGUCUGCCCGCAUCUGGACCCCAGGAGCAGCAGCAGCAGCAGCAGCUCACAGCUCACAGUCCGGUGUCCUGGCCCACGGCAGGGGAAGCAGCGAGUGCCGUUGGAACCGCUGGUCGAAGCCGCAGCAGAGAUUCUCGCCUGCGGUCCGAAGUUGCUGAGCACUUUCCAACUUUUCCUUGCGCGAGUUUUGGUCCUUUUUUGUGACCGAACUCGAGUGUCUUCCGGUCCCACAUAUUGUGUUCGUCCAGGACCACUUUUUUUUUUUUUUUUUUUUUUUUACUGUGAUUUGUACUUUUGGGUUUGGGCGCCGAAGUGACCGCGAGUGGAAGCGAGCGGCUCCAUGCGGGAGCUCAGCUAGCCGAGCCUCACCUGAGCCCCCCUGCUUCACCUUCUGUUUCAAGCCUCAACACUCUCCUCCGAGUUUCGUCGACAUGAAGUGGCUACUGGUGGCGUGUGUAGCGAGCACGCUGGCCGUGUCGUGGAGGUCGGCAGCUGCGGAGCAAAAGUCGAAAAACUGCAACGAAGUGAGAGCAGCGUACAGCUCCAAGGGCUUCAACGUCAACGAUGUUCCCAACAAAGGAGUGAACGGCGCUCCUCUGAAAGUGUGUCCACAGGGUUUCUCCUGCUGCACUGUGGAGAUGGAGGAGAAGCUGAGUCAGCAGAGCCACUCAGAAAUCAAAGCUCCCGUCCUGAGGCUCAGCACCAACCUGCAGUCCACCUUCAGACUAAGACACGAACACUUUGACAAGUUUUUCCGUGAGCUGCUGAAAAAAGCCGAAGCGUCGCUGCACAACAUGUUCGUGCGCACGUACGGCAUCAUGUACGUGCAGAACGCCGAGCUGUUCAAGAACUUCUUCGAGGACCUCACCAAGUACUACGUCUCCGGCAGCGCCGCCAUCAACCUGGACUCCAUGCUGUCUGAGUUUUGGGCGGACCUUCUGGAGAGGAUGUUCCGGCUGGUCAACGUGCAGUAUGAGUUCAGCGACUCCUACAUGGAGUGCGUCAGCCGCCACACGGAGCAGCUGCAGCCUUUCGGGGACGUCCCUCGCAAGCUGCGCAUCCAGCUGACCCGGGCGUUUGUGGCGGCGCGCACCUUCACACGGGGGCUCGCCCUCAUGCCGGAGGUGGUCAACAAAGUUUCAACGGUCAGCGCGUCUCCCAGCUGUGUGCGCGCAGCCAUGAAGAUGUUGUACUGUCCGUACUGCUCGGGCCAGGUGGCGCUGAAGCCCUGCCAGAAUUACUGUCUGAACGUGAUGAGGGGAUGUUUGGCCAACCAGGCGGACUUGGACACAGAGUGGAACAACCUCCUCGACGCCAUGCUGAGUCUGGCCGAGCGGCUGGAGGGCCCCUUCAACUUCGAGUCUGUCAUGGAUCCGAUCGACGUGAAGCUGUCUGAGGCCAUCAUGAACAUGCAGGAGAACAGCAUGCAGGUUUCUCAGAAGGUGUUCCAGGGAUGUGGUCAACCCAAACCAAGCAUGGCCUUCCGCUCCAAACGGUCGCUCAAAGAAACUGGCUUCACCGGCCGCUUCCGCCCGUACAGCCCUGAUGCAAGACCCACCACAGCUGCUGGCACCAGCCUGGACCGCCUGACCAGUGACGUGAAGAAGAAGCUGAAGCACGCAAAGAAGUUCUGGUCCACGUUACCCGAGACCGUGUGCGCCGGAGAGAGGAUUGCUCCCGGGGACGAGUGCUGGAAUGGAACAGCCAAAAGCAGGUACGAAUCGGUGGUCAUUGGAAACGGACUGGCUAAUCAGGUGUCCAACCCUGACGUGGACGUGGACAUCACCAAGCCGGACGUCGUCAUCCGCAGCCAGAUCGCGGUUUUGAAGGAAAUGACGAGUUGGCUGAAAGCUGCUCACAGCGGCAACGACAUCACGGUUGAGAACGAUGACGAGAGCAGCGGAGGAGAAGAGAGCGGCAGCGGCUGCGACUCCCCGUCCUGCGACACAGACCGGGACAUCUACUUCUCCACGCCCCCCAACCCCGUCAAACCACGGGUCAACCUGGUGCAAGGCGGCUCCUCCUCGGGCGGGACGGCCCUCCAGGGCAGCAUGGCGCUGGCGCUCUGCAGCCUGGCCCUGGCCCUGCUCCUGCUCGCUCCUCACCUGAGAUAAAACUGGCUGAUCAGGGAUGGGAAGAGAACGAAUGACUGAACGAACUGUGGGAAAGACUUCAAAGACUUCAGCCUCCAGGACCUUGGACUGUCUGCCAGGCGGGAGGAGGGGGGAGGGGGGCCAGGAGAAGCUUCUUAAAUAUUACAGUAACUUCACUUUUAAUGAUUUUUGUGUUUUUAAGACAGCCGUGUACAGACAUGCUUCCCGAAAACAAGUCACCCCCACCCCCCCCCCCCCCACUCCCCUCCUCUGUUCUCCUGAGGCCAAACUUAUGGCUCUAUUAGAGCUCCACAGCAUCCUGGCUGCAGUUUGUUUCCUCAUCCAUCCGGUCCAGAGUGGUGACCUUCUGAAGACCCCGCGCCCUUCUGUCUGUGUGCCAUCAAGGAAUCUUUAGUCAGUAGUCGUGGUUGCUUCGUUGCUUGUCAACAAUCCCUUUGCACACCUGGACGUUUCCCGCUUACCUCCAUGAAGGAACAGCGAGAGAAGCCCUUUCCGAAUCAGCCGUCACUCGCGCCUGCAGGAGCGUCAUGUCUGCUACAACUCGCUAACUCUUGUCCUUCUCCGUCAUCUUUCAUUGAACUCCUCCCCGGUGCGCUCAUACCUCAGUGCAUGCGCUCAUUGUCAAUGCAAUCUGUUGAUGUGAAAGUGUGUGAUAGUGAUGUGAUUUUUCUGGUGACAGAGGAGGCGGAGCUGGCGCUCCGUCAGUUCAGUUCAGCACAAGAGAUCUGACGGGGACGGUCAUAGGAACGCGUGUCACGUCAGAGCGGAGAGCAGGAACCGUCGGCGGCGUGGCCUCGGAGUGAAAUCACAUUUAUACAGGGUUUUAAGAUGUGUCGUACUUUUGAGAUCAUUUUGAUAUGAAGAUAUAUAUAUAUAUAUAUCUAUAUAUAUUAGGUACUACAGCGGCUUUUACUGCUAGUUUUAGGUGCAGGGCGAGAAAGGUGCUUUUGGAAGUCGGGAUCUCCCCAUCCUCAUCAUUUCAACUCAAAGGAUGCUGCAAAGAUGGAUGGCGUGUCGGAUCAGUCGUCAUCCUGCCGUCCGAGCGUGAGAAGUGUCUUGAAAGUCCCUGAAAUGCUUUCAUUUCAGCUGCCUCGCGUGGCCUUUUGUACAAAUUUAAGUGUUUGUCUUGUAGUGGUUGCAAACUGGAGCGAGGGUUUUUGGAAAAUUUGAAACCAGCCUUCUGCUCACGGUUGAGGGCUGCACACAACCUUUUGGCCUCAUGUUUGACUUUUUGAAAUUGACAGGUUGAUUGUAAGUUAAAAUCCUCCUCUCUGCAGAGUCAAUCGGUCUGGAAAUCAGAUCUUGGAAGAACAUCUAUGCAACCCACAGAAAUGAACAUAGCCUUACCUAGUUAAGGAAGAGCGCGGGUGGUUUGAAAUUCUGCGUUCUUUGUACCGUUCCACCGACGGGAGAGUCAUGUGGAGCACGAGGAGACCCGGCCUGCGGAGGAAAGUGGGCGGCGAUGAUGGAUGUCUGCUUGCAGGCCCGGGCAGAACCGUGUUCCGGCUGGCUGGAGGGCUUCCAGCAGAGCGGUGGUGUUCGUGUGAGCCACGGACGGACGGACGGACGGCCGUCUUGUGGCGUCGACCUUUAGUUGCACAGGUGUGGAGGGUCACGCAUCUGCCUUCGGCCUGCGCGGAAAACAGAAAGGACUCACGAGAGGAGCGACUGAAAAGAUGAACAAAUGUGUAAAUAAAGCGCAGCCGUUUAGAUGUCUCUAAAAGAGGCCGUAACUGUACACCGGAUUUUUACUUUGAGAGUAUCGGAUAAAUGUUAUGAAGAGAACGAGAUGAGGUAGAUGUUAAAUUGUAUGAGAAAAGUGUAUAUGAAACGACAUUUUAGUCUUGUUGAAAUAAAGACUGCCAAUAUUUAAACUC